AAGAGAGAGAGGUAUGGCUAACGCGAGCGGAGGAAAAGAGGAGAUGUAUGGUAUUUGCAAACCUGAUGUCCGGGAUGGAUUUGGGGGAGGGUUGUUUGGGUGGGAGAAGAGAAAAUGGAAAGAUUGUGAUGGUGAAGAGGGGCUUUUCUGCUUUGGGUGGUUGCUGAACCAGCAUGGAUGACUAAGCAGGAACCCCACCACCUCUUGGACAACCUGGGGCAACUUCCGGCUUGUCGCAACGGGCUGCACACAUCUAUCGAGAACUGUUGCAUAUACAUAUCCUGGCGAGAUAAUAGGCGGGUGGGGAAAGGGAUCCAUUUGCUUGUAUGGUCGAUGUCUGGAACCAUAGCCCUUCUAGCAUUGUCUAUACCCCCUUCCCUUGUUGACCCCCACGCGACUUGGACGCGUCCUAGCAAGGGAAUUGAUCCCCAUAUUUUGCGUGGCUCGUCAAGAGGAGAAUUGAAUUGACUGAGUACUAAGGCUGCUUCUGGAGACAACUCUUAUAUAUCCCGUACCACAAGUACUUCGAUUGUGGCAUUGGUCUGCUCUGCAACACUCCGGCGUUGCUGAUACUGGAACUUGAGCCUGUGUUUUGUACCUGUCCUGUACAUGAUAACAGCAGGUCUCCUGGCAUUGCGACAGACGUAUCAGCAUCUCAUAUAUUACGUUUGCUUUGCUACUGUCCUAAUGCCAGUCUUUGAGGCGCCUAACGCUUCUAACUCUCGCCACUGACAUUUUCUUUCGCUUGUCUUUGUGGUGUGCCAUACCACAUAAUGGCCCCAUCAAUCCCCCCAGGAUUCGAUGAUAUCCAAACGGCGGUAUCCAGAAUGGACAGGAUGGUGAACGUUAUCGCGGUGGUAGUGGACGCCCUCCCACCAAAAUUAUCCGGAGGAUCUUCAUAUGUGUCCACCUUUACACUUAAAGAUCAUGAUCUUGAUAAUGAGUCAUGGAACGGUCUCAAAAUCCGUUACUUCAACAAUGACGAAUCAUAUCUACCAGUCCCUCAGCAUGGGGAUGUGGUUCUUUUGCGGCAGAUUAAGGUACGGUCGUAUCAAGGGGCGGUGAUUGGCCUCUGUAGCCAACGGGAUAGCACUCCUUGGAUCAUUUUCAGUAAAGGGUCCAAUCCCAAGGCAGUUCCACAAGUAACAAUGCGACCCGGUACUCGAGACUUGACCGCUACUGAGAAAUCAUAUGCUUUCUCCCUAAUCGGUGCGGAUUACACAGUGGCUACGAGCUGCCAACCUGUUCAAGUCAAUCAAGUCGCAACUUCGGUCCCAUUGCGCCCACUGGCCACUAAGCCAUUUACCAAACCAUUUACCCCACGCCGCAGGCCAAAAUUUAGCUUAAUAAAGGACGCAUCCUGUGGUAUAUUUGUCGACCUUGUUGUUCAGGUAGUGAAAACUUACCCUGAAGAUUAUCAAAGAUUUCUUCUCUAUGUAACCGACUAUACCCAAAACAAACAGCUUUUCAAUUAUUCUUCGGAGGAAAGUGGUCCUCGCGAUGGCGACGAAUACGGCUACACGUCACGCCCUAGGAGGGACUGGCCCGGACCUUACGGCCAAAUGACAUUACAAGUUACUCUCUGGGAACCACAUUCAUAUUACGCAAGGCAAAACAUCAAAGAAAAUGAUUUUGUUGUACUCCAAAAUGUCAAUAUCAAAAUAGGAAGAAUGAGCGGCGUAAUGGAGGGCAGCCUUCACACAGAUCGCCAUUUCCCCGAGAAAAUCCAAGUGAUACCCAUCAAUGAUAAUGAUUCCGACGAGGAUUUAAAGAAGCUCGUGAAGCGGAAACUAGAAUACUGGAAGAGGAUGAGAACAGAGAAUCCGGGUCAUCAUGGCAAUGAUGUCAACAAGCGGAAAUUGGCGGAUGAUGAUGAGCAACCACGAAAUCUAUCUAAAAAGGCCAAGAAGCGGCUAGCGGAGCAAAGGAAGAAGCAAGAGGCGAAAAGAAAGCGGGAGGAAGAUCAACUAGAAAUAACAACUUCUUUCCAGGCGAAGCGGGAUCAACUCAACGAUUACAUCCGCGCAAACAACCCCUCAGUCCCCUGCCGCUCAAUAUCGGACAUUCUCUUCAAUGAAUCCCACACCAACAUCUCCCCUGACGGAAUCAAAUACCGCCUCCCCUUCCAAAAUCUCCGUUACAAAGCUUCUGUCCGCAUUGUCGAUUUCUUCCCUCCCAAGUUAGAAGAUUUUUCCGUACAGUAUGAUGUGGAGCGUGCCAUGCUAUCAGACACCGAAGGGAGCGUGUCGGGCACUGACGAUGAUAAUAACGAAACCGGCAGCCGCAAGCGAUGGGAAUGGAGAUUUUGUCUCCUGGUCGAAGACGCGGGACCAGGCACUCAUUACAACCGUAGCGGGCCACGGGAGCGCAUGAAACUCUAUGUAGGAAAUAACGAUGCUGUGUUCUUACUUCGCCUCGAUGCUGUGAACCUCCGCAAAAACCCCGCUGUGCUUUUCGACCUCCGUGAAAAACUGUUCAUUCUUUGGGGCGACCUAGAAGAACGCAAGCGUGCGAGCAUGGCAGUAGCGCAAAGCAGCAACAGCAGCAGCGACAACAACGCUGGAAGCAACGACGAUCCCAACCCUGAUCCCAACAACCAAAUCAUUACCGCGUCAACGAAGCCAUUUGUCUGCUGUAUUAAAGAGUUUGGCGUUAAGAGAUCACGUGCGUCGGACGAGGGGACUUCAGAUAACGACGAUAGUGAUGAAUGCGGGCUUGGGUGGGAAAGGCGGUUUUGUAUGUUCGGUACCACGAUUGUGUAAUGGGUAUAUACUAUAUCUACAUGGGAUCAUGUUAGUUUUGCGCCCUCGUUUUCUCUCCCUUUUUUGCUUUCCUUCCUUGCAUUUCUAGUAUAUACAUAUAUAUGGAAAUUAGUAGCGAUGGCGUUUCGGAGGUAUAUGUGUAUCAUCACGGGAAAAAAGCCUAUAUAAAUUAUUCAGGAAGGUUAAGUUUAGAUACGUCUAAUGGGAAUGAGAAAAAGUCUUUAGAUACGAA